AUGGUUACAGUGGAGCAGCUUCAAGACGACAACUUUUUGUCUCAGUGCCCUCCUCCACUGUCGUUGCAAGGUAUAAGAAUCCCUUUAUACCGCUUUGGUAGCAAUUCUGUAUUGGAUAAUGGUUCUGUUGGAGGCAUUUCAUGCUUAAUUGAAGAAGAACAGAGUGUGCUAGAUUCUAUUCUUCUAGCGCAGUGGGAAGAUCGAAUGUGGAAAGGUCUAUUCAGAUAUGAUGUGACAACCUCUGAAAUUAAGGUCAUUGGUGGCAGGAGAAAGUUUAUUGCUCAGUUUAAUGAAGGAUGGAGUAGGGAUUGUAUGCCAAAGCUGGGCAAGAACAAAAUCCGCGACCAAAAAGAUGUGUUUGAGUUUAGUUGGAUGGAACGCCAGGAGGAGUUACUCUUCUGUGUUGCAAGUGGUGAAAAGUUAAACCCUGAGCUUGUUCUUUCAGCUGCCGUGCCUGAUUGUGGCUUAUUGAUUACUAUCAACUCAUCCCCCGUGGAAUAUGGCCAUGUCUUCCUGGUACCACAUAGCUCUUACAUUCUUCACCAGUUCCUAGAUGCAAGAUCCUUGGAACUAGUUCUGCGUGUUGCUGUUGAAGUAAAUAAUUGCUCUUUUCGCCUAUUCUAUGACUAUUCACCUAGUGCUUCUCAUAUAUAUUUCCAGGCUUGCUACCUUCAAAUCCCUUUACCUGUUGAAUUCAUGCCUUUGGAUACUUUUUUUGGCGAUGGGCAAGAGGGGAUGCGUAUCUCUUCUGUUACAGAUUACCCCAUUAAGACUCUCGUUUUUGAGAGCAACCACAUGAAUAUGAUGAUGGAGGUUCUUGCUGAGAUAUGUUCGUGUUUACAGGAAAAGCUCAUUCCAUAUAAUCUGCUGAUAUCUGAUCAUGGCAAAAGAAUAUUUUUAUUUUGUCAGCUACAUACAUCAAAAAACUUUUGUACCCUUUCAGCUUGGGAAUGUGGGGGAUACUUCGUGGUUAAGUCAAGGUCUGAAUUUGAUCAAGCUACUGAGCAGGCUCUGCUAAAACAGCUAACUACCGUCUCCCUUGAUGAUGAAGGUUUCCAAGGGGUGAAGCGGCUCUGUUGCACCAUUGCCAGCAAGUUUGCUUCUUGA